AUGGAGUAUGGCGUCCGCCACCCCACACUUUACCCGGCUGCAAGCUCCGCUACAUAUGGAUGGGCAUGUGUCGACGUGUGGGGUGUCUGGCGUAUCCUGUCGCAUGGCUUACAAAAAGCAUCAACUGCCGUCGGCAGUUUGCAUCCGGAAGACAACCGAGGAGACGCCCAGCCGGUUUAUGUGGUUUUCCGGGCUGCGGACCAAGUCGCUCCUGUUGCAACCCCACUCAGCUCAGCAAGCAUGAUUGAGAUACUCAUCCAGCACCCAGUAUGGGCUUCGGCCUGUGCGGCGUUGCUCAUUCUACUCGUGGAUUAUGCCCACAUGCUGUAUCUGAGAUCAAAGAUGCCCCCUGGUCCGUUUCCAUGGCCCAUCGUCGGAAACACUUUUCAACUUCCGGACAGCAAACCUUGGAUAUAUUUCGAACAGCUCUCGCGUCGCUACGAGUCGCCUUUGCUGACGUACUGGAUUGGACGCAAUCCGACGGUCUGGAUCAACGAUGCCUGGACUGCGUCGGAGCUUCUGGACAAGCGGGCUAGCAUCUACUGUUCGCGGCCGCGGAUGCUGGUGUUUGCGGAGCUGGGCAUGGGGCAAAAGAACCUCCUCAACAUGUACACGGACACGCAGGCCGGGCGCGACCGAUGGCGGAUCCAUCGCAAACUGAUGCACGCGGGCGUCGGCAUCCAGCAGGUGCGCAAGUACCGCUCGUUCCAGGACAACGAGAGCAAGGUCGUGGCCCUGGACCUCCUGUCAAGCCCGGACAAGUUCGUGGAGCACUUCGAACGCUACGCCACCAGCGUGGUGAGCAUCAUCGCAUUCGGCCGGCGUGUGGCGAGCUCCAAGGACCCCAUCAUCACCGAGGUCAUCGCCGCCAUGCAUCAUGCCGCCGCCCUCAACGUGCCCGGCAAAACCUUCCCCAUGCUCAUGGAAACAUUCCCCUUCCUCGCCCGCAUCCCCACCCCCCUCGCGCCCUGGAAACACGGCCUCGGCUCUCGCCGCACCCGCACCGGCGCCCACAAAUUCUUCUAUGCCCUCGCCCACGAAGCCGCCACCACCACCGCCACGCAGCCCAACAACAACCACGCCGCCGACAGCUUCGCCACCCACCUCGUCCACCACGCAGCCCCCGCCCACGCCCUCGACGCCGAAGAAGUCUCCUCCCUAACCGGCAACCUCUUCGGCGCCGGGUCCGACACGUCCUCCUCCACACUAAUCACCUUCGUGCUCGCGUGCUGCGCCUUCCCCCGCGCGCUCCCCCGCGCCUGGGACGAGCUCGACCGGGUCGUCGGGCACGGGCGGAGCCCCGGCGCCGAGGACGAGCAAGAACUGGUGUACGUGCGGGCGUUCGUGCGGGAGGUGCUGCGGUGGCGCAGCGUGGCGGUGAUUGGCGGGCAGCCGCACGCGCCGGUGCGGGACGAUUACUUUGGGGGGUGGCUGAUCCCGCGGGGGGCGUGGGUGCAGGGGAACGUGUGGGCGAUUCAUCAUCAUGAGAGGGAGUUUCCGGAGCCGGAUCGGUUCGCGCCGGAGAGGUUUUUGGAGGGCGGCGGCGAGGGGGAGGGGUUGAAGAGGCCGUUUCCGGGGGAGCGCGGGUACAUGACGUUUGGGUGGGGGAGGAGGGUGUGUUCGGGGCAGGCGUUGGCGGAGCAGGGGACGUGGUUGAGUGUGGCGAGGAUGUUGUGGGGGUUUCGGAUCGAGAAGGCGAGGGAUGCGGAGGGGAGGGAGGUUCCGGUGGAUAUUUUCGACUAUACGGACGGCCUCAAUUGGAGGCCUCGGCCUUUCAAAUGUAGCUUCACGCCGCGGAGUCCGGAGAUCUUGCAGACGAUUGAGAGGGAGGGGAAGCAGGCGUUGCGGGACCUGGAGGAGUACGCUGGCACGACUGAGUACAGGAUGUCGCAGUUUGCGAAGAGAAAGCAGUAG